AUGGCGGACGAUCGCACAAAGAAGCAGCUUCUCAAUCGACGAACAACACUCAUCGCGUCUCUUGGAAGAGCGGAUCAAUUCGUUGAAAAUUACGUGGCGGAAAGGGACGCCGGGCAAGUUUCAAUCCGAAUCGAAACAUUAGACACCGUAUGGAUGGGACUGGAUGAAGUACAAACUCAGCUAGAGGAUAUGGAAGAAAACAGUGAAGGUAUGGCAAAACACCUCCAAUUCCGUUCCCAUUAUGAAACAUCCUACAUCCGAAUAAAAGCUGCUCUUAAAUCGUACCUCCCCGCGCUUCCUACUUUAACAAAUGCAAUCCCUCAUUCUGCUUGUUCUGGGCUCUCGGGCAUAAAAUUACCAACCAUUUCGCUUCCGGAAUUCGAUGGAGAUUACAACCAAUGGUUAACCUUCCACGAUACAUUCGUUGCCUUAAUUGACGCUAAUACUGUAGUUCCCGCCAUUCAAAAGUUUCACUAUCUUCGCGCUGCUGUCAAAGGAGAAGCAGCGCAACUCAUCGAGUCCAUUGCCAUAAGCUCUGCCAAUUAUACAAUCGCUUGGCAAACCCUCGUCUCCCGAUACGCAAACGAUUAUCUAUUGAAAAAACGUCACCUUCAGGCCCUGCUGGAUUGUCCCAGAAUGAAAAAAGAGUCCGCUUCUGCCUUGCAUUCCGUCGUCGACGAAUUUGAACGUCACACCAAAACACUUCGUCAACUUGGUGAACCGAUUGAUGCUUGGAGCACCAUGUUAGAGCACCUACUUUGUUUGCGGCUUGACGAUGGUACCCUCAAGGCUUGGGAAGAUUUCGCUACGACUGCUGAAAAUCCAGAUUUCAAUUGCCUGAUCGACUUCUUACAGCGUAGAAGCCGUGUCCUAGAAUCGAUGACCGUUAAUCAUCAAGCUCAGCCCACCAAUGUUCAUCAUUCACCUUCGUUUCGAAAACCCGUAUUUCAUAAAAUCGCUUCUUAUGCGGUAGCCGAAACAACCCAACGUAAAUGUCACGCAUGCGAGCAACAUCACCCACUUUUUCAAUGCCAACGGUUCGGAAAUAUGUUGCUCUCAGAUCGCUUGAAUAUAGUAAAUCAUCAGCGCCUUUGCCACAAUUGCUUCCGUCAAGAUCAUAUUGCUCGUAAUUGCCCAUCGAAGUUCUCCUGUCGCCACUGCAAAAAACGACAUCAUUCAUUGUUGCAUCCUGGCUACCAUUCCAUCGAAAAUUAUCAAAGGUCGUCCACUUCACGCGUACCUGCGUAUACACCGAAACCCAUUGAAAAGCGAAACAAUGCGGUGAACAUUCAACAAUCAGCAACAUCCACAAAUGCGGCCGCAGUCCAAGCUAACAAUUCCUACCCGUUUUCAAACACAAAUGUUUUACUAUCCACGGUCGUGCUGCUAGUUGUCGAUUCAAAUGGCAAAGCUCAUCCCGCACGGGCAUUGUUAGACAAUGGUUCGCAAUCCAAUAUCAUAAGCGAACGAUUGUGUCAACUAUUACACUUACAGCGGAGCAAGAUAAAUAUACCCAUAUAUGGCAUAGGAGAAUCGUCGUCUAGUGUCCGACAUAGUGUCAGAACAAAUAUUCGAUCGAGAAAAAAUGAUUUCGAAAUUGAUCUUGAUUUUCUUGUGAUGCCUCGCAUUACGAUCGAUUUACCUGUUGUAAGUACCCCCGUCGACGGCUGGCAUGCCACGAAAGAUUUGUUUUUGGCCGAUCCAACAUUCAACAAAACUGGUGCGAUCGAUAUGCUUCUCGGUGCAGAACAUUUCUUCACGUUUGUAAACCCUGGUACUAAGUUUAUUCAAGCUGAAAACCCAAUAUUAAUCGAUAGCGUGUUUGGGUGGAUCGUUACCGGCAGGCGCCGUUUUCCCGUAGAAUCGCAUCCCGUAUUAUGUCACCUCACACUUAGCGACCCGCUGCAAGAUGCCCUUGAACACUUUUGGCGAGUAGAAGAGCUAGGAAAUCAACCCAGUUACUCUAUAGAAGAACAGCAGUGUGAAUCGAAUUUUUUAUCUACCGUAUCCCGUACACCCGAAGGAAGGUAUAUUGUCCGCUUGCCCCGCCGUUCCAAUUUCGAUCACAUGCUUGGUGACUCUAAAACAACAGCCCUGCGUCGUUUUCAUUACCUAGAGAGGCGACUUAGUCAAGAUCCAAAUUUGAAAAUUCAGUACCACUCGUUUCUGUCUGAAUAUUGGUCGCUCGGCCAUAUGAGGAUGGUACCGUCAACCGAACCCGAACCAUCGUUAGUACAUUAUUUACCGCACCAUGCCGUUCUAAAGGAAUCUAGCUCCACCACAAAAGUUCGUGUGGUAUUCGACGGAUCCGCAAAAACAUCGACCGGAUAUUCGCUAAAUGAUGCACUACAAAUUGGCCCUAUCGUUCAAGACGAACUGCUCACUUUAGUACUUCGGUUCCGCAAGUAUCCCAUUGCCCUCGUGGCGGACAUUGAAAAAAUGUACCGUCAAGUGUUGCUCAACCCCAACGACGCACUGCUUCAACGCAUAUUUUGGCGAUUCAAUUCCAACGAUCCAAUUUCCACCUUCGAAUUACAAACGGUAACGUAUGGCCUGUCUCCGUCAUCAUUUUUGGCAACCCGAAGCUUACAACAACUGGCAAUAGAUGAAGGUAAUCUCUAUCCACUCGGCGGACCAGCCCUACGUAAGGGAUUUUAUGUGGACGACUACAUAGGAGGCGCAGAGACGGAAGAAGAGGCAAUCCAAACGCGUGUUGAAUUAGACGAGCUACUAACAAAAGGUGGAUUCACCCUUAGAAAAUGGACAUCAAAUAACAGAAACGUUCUGAGAGGCCUCGAUCAAUCACAGAUUGGUACACAACCCUCGCUCAAAUUUGAUCGCGAUGAAGCAAUAAAGGCGUUGGGAAUUAGUUGGGAACCCGUCUCCGAUCAGCUGCGAUUUGACUCCACUCCGAUAUAUGAUAGCAAAUUACAUACCAAACGAUCAAUUUUGUCCGCUAUAUCAAAGCAUUUCGACCCGCUUGGUUUGACCGCACCUGUAAUCAUUCGAGCCAAAAUGCUAAUGCAAGAACUUUGGUUACAGCCCUGUGGAUGGGAUGAUGAAAUUUCGGAUAACAUACGCUAUAAAUGGGAUAAUUAUUGCAUUGAGCUACCAAAAAUCACAUCUUACAGAGUGAAUCGCUAUGCAUUCUUGGCAAAUGCAACUGUGCAGCUUCAUACCUUUGCAGAUGCAUCCCAGCAAGCAUAUGGAGCGUGUAUAUAUGCAAGAUCAACCGAUCCCGGAGUCACACUCGAAUGGUUGCGAUCACCUCCACAUGCAUGGAGCACAUUCAUUGCUAAUCGAGUCUCCGAAAUACAAACCUGCACUCAAGGAUCACGCUGGCAUCACAUCGCAGGUAAACACAAUCCAGCAGAUCUCAUCACGAGGGGCAUGAGCGUGGUCGAUUUUUUGAGCAGUGAUCUUUGGCACUAUGGACCUACAUGGCUGAAACUACCCGAAGCGGAAUGGCCAGUGACAACACAACAGCAGAAAUUACCCGAAGAAAUUUUAGAACGACGAAGUAUUGUGGCAGUAGUUCAAAGUGAACCGACUAUUCAUGAAAUUUUCAAUCGAUCAUCAUCAUACAAUCGAUUAAUUAGAAUAACAGCAUACUGCCUCCGCUUUAGUACAGCAUGUCGUCGUCAAGCGAUCACCGAAUCGGUGAAAGAAAAAACAAUAGCACUUUCGGUUGAUGAAAUGUCUUUCGCCCGUGUGAGAUUGAUACAAUUAGCCCAAGCAGAUACAUUCGCAGAUGAAAUGAGGGAUCUGGGGAGGGGUAAAACGUUAUCGAGUCGAUCACAUUUGCGCCUGUUGAGCCCCUUUAUUGACUCAGACGGAAUUCUACGUGUCGGAGGUAGAAUCAAGCUUUCCGAGCAGCCCUAUCUGACCAAGCAUCCAAUCCUACUUCCCAGUAUCCAUCCAUUUACACGAUUAGUUGCCCAUCAUUAUCAUCUGAAAUUGCUUCACGGUGGCGGCCGCGUUACCCUAGCUGCCAUACGCCAGGAAUAUUGGCCAAUUCAAGGACGACGAGUAGUCAGCAACGUCAUAAGAAACUGCUACAGAUGUGCCCGUGCCUGUCCCGUUCCUGCCCAGCAACAAACCGGACAGCUGCCCGAACAAAGAGUCACGCAGAGCAGACCAUUUUCGGUUACCGGUGUUGAUUACGCUGGUCCUGUAUAUUUAAAAGCCAUACACAAGCGAGCAUCACCUACCAAAGCAUACUUGAGCAUUUUUGUAUGCUUUGUGACGAAAGCAGUACACAUUGAGCUAGUCAGUGAUUUGUCAACCCCCGCAUUUUUAACUGCGCUACGACGAUUCAUCGCUCGCCGAGGCUCCCCUACUCAUAUGCACUCUGAUAAUGGCAAGAAUUUCGAAGGUGCACGCAAUGAACUGCAUGCCUUGUAUAAAAUGCUACAAAACGAACAGACGACCGGAGAAAUUGGCACCCAUUGUGCAGUCAAAGGCAUACAAUGGCAUAUGACCCCACCAAAGGCUCCCCAUUUCGGUGGAUUAUGGGAAGCAGCAGUCAAAGUUGCUAAGAAACAUUUGCAUCGCCAGCUAGGAAAUGCUAUGCUUUCCUUUGAGGAUAUGUCAACAGUGUUGGCAGAAAUCGAAGCUGCAAUGAACUCCCGGCCGUUAACUCCUCUCACCGAGGAUCCAAACGACUUGGCAGUCCUCACACCCGCACAUUUUCUCAUUGGUACUUCGAUGUCCUCUCUUCCCGAUGCAGACGUCAGCCAGAUCCCGAUCACACGUCUGGAUCAUUAUCAGCGACUCCAGCAUCGAGUUCAACAGUUUUGGAUGGUCAUCGUUGUCGACGAGUUUCUUGCGCCAGUAAAGUGGCCGUUAGCGAGAAUCAUCAACACAAACCCCGGACCGGAUGGACUCACCCGCGUCGUAGAAUUGAAGACCAGCAGAGGAAUCAUCCGUCGUCCCAUCACUAAAGUGUGUCUGCUGCCCUACGAGAAAAACUAA